AGAGGUUCCUAUAAGGUGUCAGGAUGUCGCUGUCUAUUUCUCCAUGGAGGAGUGGGAGUAUUUAGAAGAACAUAAGGAUCUGUACAAGGACGUCAUGAUGGAGAAUCACCAGUCCCUCACGUCACCAGGUGAAGACGGGAUAAGCGAUGUCCAUGAACAUCUCCAUUUACCUUCCGGUCAUGAAGCAGAAGAUAACAACACCACACAAGAUGAUUCAGUAACUCCUAACGUAUCCUCAGUCCUUCACAGCGGAGAUCUAUCCACCGAUACGGCUGGUUAUAAGAAACCCUCAUCUAAUCAAUCAUUGAUUGGGAAAACAAGAACUAAACAGAAACGUGGGAAAAUAUUUCCACGUGAGAAACGUUUUAAAAAUAAAUCUAACAUUUCUUUGCAGGAGACAAAUCACAGAGAUAAAGGGUCAUUUUCAUGCACUGAAUGUGGAAAAUCUUUUACGAAGAAAUUCCUUCUAGUUAUACAUCAGAGAAUUCACACAGGAGAGAAACCGUAUUCAUGCUCAGAAUGUGGAAAAAGUUUUAUUCUUAAACCAUCUCUUGUGGGACAUUUAAGAACUCACACAGGUGUGAAGCCAUAUUCAUGUACAGAAUGUGGGAAAUGUUUUGCCCAUAACUUAGCUUUUUUUAAUCAUCUGAGAAUUCACAAAAGGGAGCAACCAUUUGUAUGUUCAGAAUGUGGAAAAUGUUUUAAUCAAAAAGUGGAUCUCAAUCGACAUCAGAGAACUCACACAGGAGAGAAACCAUUUUUAUGUCCUGAAUGUGGGAAAUGUUUUACUCGGAAAGCAUAUCUUGUGCAACAUAUAAGAACUCACACAGGGGAGAAGCCGUUUUCAUGUUCAGAAUGUGGAAAAUGUUAUACCUAUCGAUCUGCUCUUCUUAUUCAUCAGAGAAAUCACAAAAAAGAGAAGCCAUAUUCAUGCUCAGAAUGUUUAAAAACUUUUAGUCAAAAACCGCAUCUUGAUAGACAUCAGAAAAUUCAUAAAAAAGAGAAGCCAUAUUCAUGCUCAGAAUGUUUAAAAACUUUUAGUCAAAAACCGCAUCUUGAUAGGCAUCAGAAAACUCACACAAGAGAGAAGACAUUUUUGUGUUCAGAAUCGAAACAGGCACCUGAAGUUCACUAG